GUUUUUCUGCACGGAGCUGAGAAAGGCCCCGUCGGACCGAUGACGGCGCCCUGACGGCGUCGGGAGAUGGCCCUGGCGGUGGUUGUCAUGGCGACGCUGGACGCUAACACAGCGGUGGAAACGCUUUUGGCCGCCAUCCAUCUGGAGAGGUACCAGUCGUCCUUCCGGAGAGCCGGCCUCCUGUCGGCGGCCGACGCGGCCCACUUGGAUCACGAGGCGCUGGUCAGCCUGGGAAUCACGGCCACGGGGCAUCGCAAGCGCAUCUUGAGACUUCUGGCGCACGUCCAGAGGCGGCCGGCUCAGAGCUCCGCGACGGAGCCGCCGUCGUCUUUGUCGCCAAAUUCCCGCCGCUCGCAAGAGUUUGGAAACGGCUCUGCUCCGGAUCCGGCCGCCGCGCCCAAGCCGGUGCCCAGGCCCAGAACCGUUUUCGACCGGCGGCGCACCGCGCCCGUUCCUUUCCGGCCCCCUCCGCCGGACGCGGACCCGUCGCCGCACAGGAGACUCUCCCAGGAGUCCGUCGUCUUCCCGCCUUUGGAGCGCACGGGGGACGGGGCGGCGCCCGUCGGCGGGACGGACGCCACCUCGCCGCCCGUUCCCCCCAGGGUCGCCCGUCGGGCUCCGCCGGGCGCGUCCUCGUCGCCUCCUCCUCCCGCACCGCCGCGUGAUGAGCGAGCGCUCGCCGCUUCCCGCUCGCCCGCGUCUCCCGGCCGGCGUGACGGCGGCGGCGGGUCCGGGUCCGGCGGCGUGGAGAUGAUCUCCAACGACAUCUAUUGGGGAACGGCGGCUUGCGGCCCUCCGACACCGCCACGACAAGCGGCGCGCGGGAAGCGGAGAAACAGCGGCGGCGCCUCCGGCAACAUGUCGUCGGGGUCGGCCAGAGAUGACCCAGUCGACGUUGACGACGUCAUCAGUCCCUACUGUGAAAGCCUUUUUCAAAGAGGCGGAGUCGACGCCUCGGGCAGCGAGAUCGACGCGAGUGGACGCGGCGAGACAAGGAGGCGGGAAGGGCGCUACGCCGAGGAUCAUGGUCGCGCGGCGUCCCCGGACGGCGACGAGGACCAGACCAUCUCGCCGUACGCCAGCUACGCUUCCCUCGGCCACGGGGCCGCGCCCAUCGUCAGCGGAUGGCUGGACAAACUGUCGCCGCAGGGGAACUACGUUUUCCAGAAGCGCUUUGUCAAGUUUGACGGCAAAAAUCUCAUGUAUUUUGGAAACGAAAAGGAUGCGUACCCGAAAGGAGUUGUGCCAUUGGCCGCCAUCCAGAUGGCCCGGCCCUCCAAAGACAACAAAUUUGAAAUUGUCACCAGUCAGCGGAUCUUUGUUUUUAAGGCUGACAAUGAAGUGGUGAGACGACGUUGGGUGUCGGCGCUGCAGGACCACGUCCAAGACCAGCUGGCGUUCGGACGGCGCUGGUUGGGUCCCGGUCCCCAGUGUCUGAAACACGGCUUCCUGGAGCUGAAAGGAACCAAGUCCAAAGUUUACGUGGCCAUCAACGGCGAGCAGAUUUGGCUCUACAAAAGCCAACAGUGUUUUCGUACCGGGAUCGGAAUGACGGCGAUCGAGGCCCGCGGCGCCACCAUCCGAGACGGGAAACACAAGAGUUUCGACCUCAUCACUCCCUACAGAACCUUCAGCCUCACGGCCGACACCGAACGGGAAAAGCGGGACUGGACGGAGGCGCUGCAGGAGGCCAUCGCCGAGACCCUGUCCGAUUACGAGGUGGCCGAGAAGAUCUGGUCCAACCGCUCCAAUCGCGCCUGCGCCGAUUGCCGGGCCGUCAACCCCGACUGGGCUUCCAUUAACUUGUGCGUGGUCAUCUGCAAGAACUGCGCCGGUCAGCACAGAGGUCUGGGCACCAUGGUGUCCAAAGUCCAGAGUCUCAAACUGGACACCAGCGUGUGGAGCAACCAGAUCGUGCAGCUCUUCAUCAUGCUCGGCAACGACCGCGCCAACGAGUUCUGGGCGGCCCGCUUGUCCCGAUCGGACGAGCUGCGCUGCGAUGCGUCGCCGAGCCUGCGCCGGGAGUUCAUCGAUCAGAAGUACCGGGAAGGGCGCUUCCGACUGGACCACCCCGCUUUCGGCAGCCAGGAGCAGCUUCUCAAAGUCUUGUGUUCCGCCGUCUCUGAACACACGCUCCUCAAAACCGUCACUCGCAUCUUCUCCGAGGCCAGAUCCCUUCAGCCGACCGCAGAGCCGCCGGAUCGCUACGCCGCCUCGGAUCCCGCCGUCUACGAUGAGAUCAUGAGGACGGUUCUCCAUUCGGGCUUCCUCUUCCGGUCCAGCUGCAGCAGCAGAGGGACGCUGUCCCGCCGAUCUCGAGAAGACUUCCAGAGGUUCUGGUGCUCGGUGGACCAGUCGCUGCUCUCGUGCCAGUCGGAGCGAUCGGCCGAGGCGCGCGUGGAGAUCAGCCUGAAGGACGUCGCCUGUUUGGGAGUCAGCCGACCCGAAUCAUCCGACGCCGACGGCUUUGCCGACAGGUUCCGGUACACCUUCGAGUUGCAUUUGACCUCGGACAAAGUCUAUCAGUUUGGCACGGAGACGGCCGAAGUUCUGCACACCUGGACCAGCGCCAUCGGCAAGGCCGCCACGCCGCUCAGCUGUCACUGCCUGCUGACUCGGGAGUUUGAGCGCAUCGGGCGCCUGCGAUACCGAGCCAUGUUGGACCCUCAGCAGUGGAAGGAGGCCUACUUUGUCCUGCAGAAGUCCAACCUCUUCAUCUGUCCCCAAAACGACGGCGCCGCCGAAGACAUCGUCAACCUCAAGCGUCUCCAGGAGCUGAGCGUCGCUUGGGAAGAAAGCCGGAACCAGGAGAAGAAAGAAAUUCUAGUUUUGGUGGAGAAGGGGAGGACGUUCCACCUGCGGGGCGUGGGCCGCGCCGACCUGGCCUCGUGGCACUCGGACAUCCGGCGGGCCGGCGGCGGGAAGGGAAACGCCCUGCGCGAGCAGCAGUUGAGCAGGAACGACAUCCCCAUGCUCGUGGACAGCUGCAUCGCCUUCAUCACGCAAUACGGCCUGGGCCACGAGGGGAUCUACCGCAAGAACGGAGCCAAGUCUCGCAUCAAGCUGCUCAUGGAGGAGUUCCGCAAGGACGCCCGCAACGUCAAACUGCGCACGGGGGACCACUUCAUCGAGGACGUGACCGACGUGCUCAAGCGCUUCUUCAGGGAGAUCGACGACCCCGUCUUCAUGGCGGACCUCCACCCGCUGUGGCGGGAGGCGGCGAAAAUGCAGCCCAAAGCUCUGAGGUUGGACCGCUACAAGGAGCUGAUCCGGACUCUGCCACGGGUCAACCGCAUGACGCUGGCCGCGCUGGUCAGCCACCUCUACAGGGUCCAGAAAUGCGCCGACCUCAACCAGAUGUGCACCAAGAACCUGUCGCUGCUCUUUGCUCCGAGCCUCUUUCAAACGGACGGCAAAGGAGAGCACGAAGUGAAGAUCGUCGAAGAUCUCAUUGACAACUACGUGUACGUUUUCGAGAUUGACGAGGAGCACCAGAAUCAGAUGGAGUUGGAGAUCAGUCUCAUCACCUCCUGGAAGGACACUCAACUGUCUCAGGCGGGAGAUCUGAUCAUCGAGGUCUACCUGGAGGCCAAGACGCCCGACAGCUGCGUCACGCUCAAGGUGUCGCCCAGCAUGUGCGCCGAGGAGCUGACCAAUCAGGUUCUCUACAUGAGGAACGUCCCCGCCGGGGACAAAGACGUCUGGAUGACGUUUGAGGCCAUCGAGGACGGGCAGUUGGAGCGUCCGUUGCAUCCCAAAGAGAAAGUUCUGGAGCAGGCGCUGCAGUGGUGCAAGAUGGCCGACCCCAGCUCCGCCCACCUGCUGGUGAAAAGGGUCCCGAAACGCGACGGCCUCGACAUCCUCACCUCCUACAAGAGCGACCUGACGAAGGUCGGCGUGCUGCGGUGUCGGGAGGAGCCCCCCAAACUGCUUCAGGGAAACAAAUUCCAGGAGAGAAGCUUCCAGAUCAAGAAGAACAAACUGCUGUUGCUCAAAGACAAGAAGAGCUUCAGGGCGGAGAAGGAGUGGUCGCUGAAGGCCAUGAAGGUCUACAUGGGGCUGCGCCGGAAACUCAAAGCGCCAACCAGGUGGGGCUUCACCGUGAUGUCACACAAACAUCAGCUGUUCCUGUGUUGCCCGAGCGAGGCGGACGUAUGGGAUUGGGUGAGCAGCUUCCUGAAAGCUCAGAACGACAAGCCGGGCCCCCCCGUCCUCCGCCGCCACUCGUCCUCCGACAUCGCCAAGCAGAAGUUUGGCACCAUGCCGCUGGUGCCCAUCCGAGGAGACGACAGCAACCACGGGAUGCUGUCGGCCAAUCAGACGCUGAGGAAGCUUCACGACCGCAGGACGCUCUCCAUGUACUUUCCGAUGAAGGUCCAGCAGGACGGCGGCGAGGAGCGCCGCCAGUCGCCGGAGCCGCUCUACGAGGAGGUGGGCGACUUUGGCCUGCAGGUGCUCAAGUCCCUGGAGAGCAGCUUCCUGUCCGGGGGCGGGGGCGGGGGGCCGCCGUCGCCCGCCGCCCCCCGCCGAGCGGCCGAGGCGCCCCCGCCGUCUUCUUCGCCGGCCGGCUGCACGCCGUCUCAAGAGCUCCUGCUGCAGGAAAUGACCUCGGCGUUCGGCCGCAAAGCCCGCCCGGAGGAGGGAGGAGGGGAGGAAGAAGUCGGCGGAUCGACGGCCGACAAAUGAUAGCGGGUGGCCCGCGAUGCCAGCCGCGCAAACGGGAG